UAUGACGUCGCAUUUCAAGUGUCAGGAACAACAACAACAACAACAACAACAACAACAACAACAUGGAUGCUUGCCAACGUCUCGAGCCUCUUUCACUUCAGGCCGUCCGUAUCGGGUAAAUCCGCAUGCGCCAAAGUCAUCCUCUACCGCCACUCCUACACUAAUAAUCACUACCCAUCUCGAUCCAACCCUCAUAACAAGGAAAUUGUCAUCUUGGGCUUUGGCGCAAGCUCCCUAGCCCAUCUACUGCCCACUUAGCCUGUUGCGCUGUGCUGUGCUGGUGCCGCGUUUCAGCCGCCCUAGUACCAUCUCCAAGAGCUUGUCCCAUCGGGCAUCACCACCAUCACCGUCUAAAAUGUUGCAAGUUCCUGGAGAGAGCCGUGCAAAGUGCACAUGGCACAUAGUCCAUCGACCUGCAACACUCUAUCCAUCUCCCUAAACUUCGGCUGCCUGUCUCAAGGUUUAAUGACGGGGACCGAGCGUGCUUCUGGAAGCUUUUUCCCCUUCAGUUUCACCAACUUCUAUAGAUGCCCAAAGAUCUAAGAAGCCCGGUUCAUAUUGCAGCAUGUACUUUGUGCCUAGAUCUUAUAUAUGCUAUUUUGAG